AUGCAAGCUAAUCCAAUAUGCCCUUAGCCUGAAGCACAAUAUUUAGAUAAUUAUGACAAUUUCGAAGAGGUUAAAGCUACUUUUCAAUGUCUUUAAAAUAUCCAUUAACCACUUGAACCAGAGGCAACAUUUUUUUUGAUACGUGCUCCAACAAAAGAUAAUGUUCAUCGAGCAAUCAAAUAUGGGAUUUGGACGAGUUCGAGUCGAAAUAAUAAAAAACUGAAUGAUGCUCCUCGUCCUGUGUAUCUCUUAUUCAAUGUUACACAAACUUCUCAUUUUAUUGGAUUAGCCAAAAUAGUCUCUGAAUUUAGGGAUAAAAAGCAUUUCAAGUAUUGGGCUGAAGAAAAUAAAUGGUUUGGAUCUUUUCAAAUAGAAUGGGUUUUUGUCAGAGACUUACCAUAUAAGGAACUCAGUACCAUUACAUAAUCAUGUGGAAAGUAUAUUCAUGAACUGAUAGAUUGUACUCAAAUUGAAAAUGCUGAAUAAAUUUACAAUGCAUUUUAACAACAACCCCAAAAAAGUUGUUUGCUAAGCAGCUUCAAGGAAUUAGAUAUUUCUGAAGUACUACAUUUAAUUGAUUGUUUUAAGAAAAGAAAAAGAAAUGAUAGAGAUACAAACCCUAACUUUGAUAUUUCAUUUUAAGAAUAUAUCUCCGUUUUUGAAUAAAUGCCUUUCUCUUUCUCAGUUACUUCUUACUAAAGAAGAAAACAAUAAUAAUAUUAAAAUUAGUACUUAUAAUAAUGCCAGUAUUAUUAUUAAAGCCCUUGGUCUGGUGUAGCAUAACCUACAUUUUGGAAUUCUUAAGCAUAAACUUAUAUGCCAUAAUAAUAAUAACAGCAACAAUAAUAAUAAUAGCAAUAAUAGAAAGUAUCAAAUAAUAAUGCAGGAUUUUAUUAAACAUAGAAUUAUAAUAGGCCACAAACUAAACAUUUAUAAAAAAAAUAGGUUCAAAAUAAGCAUACUAAUUAAGAGAGUUCAUAAAAAUAAUGA